AUGACCCUCCUCUCUUCCUCCGGACAAGCAGACUCCGCCUCUGUCAUCACCACAACUACAAGUCACACCGACGACAAGCCAUAUCAUUCAAAACGACCUCACAAAAAGUCUCGUACGGGAUGUAAGAACUGCAAAACCCGCAAGGUAAAGUGCGACGAAGCUCGCCCGACGUGCCGUAACUGCAUGCUCCGCAAGGCCGAUUGCGUCUUCCCUGGACCGUCCCACUCCCACUCCGAGCCUGGCCCGGGAUCGCCAUCUAGCUCCUCCGCCAGUGUAGUCUCGCGGUCGCGAUCGCGGUCUCACACGCCGCAGGGCGGUUACGCCGGCAGCGACGAUGACUACAAUGCUCUCGUCGUGAGGGAGCCGCUCUUCAUCCCCGCCGGCGAAAGGGACGCCACCGAUAUGAAACUGCUGUGGUUUUACACCACAAACACCUUCACGUCGUUCGCGACGCAGGCAGGGCGCGUGAAGCGAAUCGACGACAUCCUCAAAAUCAAGAUACCCGGCCACGCCUUUGAGAGUCCCUUCCUCAUGGACUGUCUGCUGGGCACAUCCGCUCUCCAGCUUCAGCAUCUGAAACAGGACAUCGCGCCCUCGCGCGCACUCCGCUAUCGCGCCCGCGCCUUCGAGGGCUACCGCAAGGCCAUUGAGGAGGGCAAGCCUGAGACGUUUCCCGCCCUCAUCGCGACCUCUUUACUUCUCACAGCGCUAUCCUCGCAAAUGUUCCGUGAAGAGGGCACCAAGGACCUCUACAUCAUCGACUGGAUGAUCGUCUGGCGCGGCAUCGGCCUCAUGAUCGAUAUGGCCACGCCACAGACGCUUUGGGACUCGGGGCUGGCGGAGCUUUUCAUGCGCCCGCCCAUCGAUCUCGACGAGUCUGCGAGGCACAUCCCCAACAACCUGCUCUUCAUGAUCUCCUCCAUCCAACCCGGCGACCUGGACUACGAGGACGUGCCAACGUACUACGACACACUGAAGUAUCUUGGCUCCCUCUACUCGGAGCUCGCCAACGGCUUCAGUCCUAUCAUGACUCUCCGCGUCGUCACAUGGUUCACGUUCAUCCCCAAGGGCUUCGUCGAGCUGGGCCGCGAAAAGAGGCCUCGCGCCUUGGUCAUUCUCGCUCACUACCUCAUGUUCAUGAAAGCCGUGCAGAACCUGUGGUGGAUCGACGGAAUCGGCGACCGCGAGAUUGCCGGAAUCGUCCGGUAUCUCGGCGAGAACUGGUCUGAAGAGCUCGCUGCGCCGCGCCUGGCCUUGCUGCUGGACGACCAAACCGACCUCGCGAGACUGAUCCUCGCCGACCCAGAGUGGGAUUCACCCACGGACUACUUCCGCGAACGAAAGCGAGAUCCCCGAACGGAAAUUCUCACCUGGGUCGACGAUAGUGGUAAACGGUAUAGAGGCAUGCCGCAGCGUGUCGGUGACUUACAUCCAGCCGAUCCCGCGCCGCGGACUCUGCCCUGGGAAGCGGAAGGCUUUCAUCAUGAUUCGAUAAUGCUGAGUACCCCAGGGAGGACGUAUGCUGAGAGGGUUUUGAAUGCCAUUAAUCGGGGAGUUCAGAACAUGGAUGUUUCUCGGUGA